AUGGAGUGCGACAUCUGCGGGAGAGACGGCAGCCUGAGCCAGCCUCUCCACUGCAUGACCUGCGCGCGCUCAUACCUCGAACAGCCCCGCAUCCAACUCGCAAAGACGCUGAUAGACCGCGAUGCCGUUGCGAAACACGUCACAGCUAUCAUCAACGGCUCGGAAGACAAGGCCAUCCAGCAUGUUUCUCUCACCGACUCGAAAGGCGGGCUCUUGGUCGACAGGCAAGAGUGUACGAACAAUCUAAACUGGGAGCGGACGAAAGCAGAAACGGCAGAGAUACAGGACCGACUAGGCAUGAUCUCAGAGCAUGCCGACCAGCUCCGACGGCAGAUGGAGGAUACCAGGAAGCAGCUUGAAGCGAAGCGAGCGGCGAACGCGCAACGCAAGUCAGACCUCUCGUCCGCCACAUACGGCAUCGAAUCGCGGCGGGCGAACGAGUUGGACAAGGUGCAGCAGAGGGUCAAGCGAUCGGACUACAACGCGGACAAGAUGCACCACGAUACCAUAGAUCUGCGCAUGCAGCUGUGCACGACUGCUGCGAGGCUUGCGGGACUCAAGAUGCAGCGGCGAAAGACAAGGGACGGCGGUAUCAAAGAAGUCUACAAUAUUGGGCCCGGCACGCGUUUGCGGAUAUACGAUCUUCGAGAUCUGAAUGAUGUGACGCCUGAUGGCCUAUCUGCCUCACUGGCUGCCGUGGCCCAGCUCGUCGUUCGAGUCGCUGCGUACCUGGGCAUCCGUCUCCCAGCCGAAAUCACACUCCCCCAUGCCGAUUACCCUCAACCUACAAUCUUCAGUCCAGCAUCCUCUUACCAGGGCAAGAAAGUACCUUUCCCCGGUUCGACACCCUCACAUUCGUCCAGCGCCAGUCCGGAAGCGUCCCGAACGCUUGAGACGCGUAUCCAUCUUCCGAAGCCGCGCGCGUUAUUCGUCGACCGCCCUUUGAGUCACCUCUGCGCCGAAGAUCCUCCUGCAUACUCGUCCUUUAUUGAAGGCGUGUCUCUGCUUGCGUACAAUGUGGCCUGGCUAUGUCGAACCCAGGGCAUGAAAGACAGCUUCAAACAGUGGGAGGAUACUUGUUCGAUCGGUCGCAAUCUGUUCCGACUACUGAUCACGCAAGAAACAUACAAUCCCCAACGCCUCGAGAAUCCAUUGGACAAAGAUAUCACCACUUCCAGGUCUUCCAGAUCGAUCCUCCGCAAGUCACCUGUAGGCUUUGGGCAGCUUUCACACGCUACUUCACAUUCCUUCCUAGGCAUGGCCGAGAACGCACAGUACAUCAGCGGAUGGGGCUUGUCGCCAACUAAGAUUAUCGACGAGCUGAGGGGAUACCUGUUGGCUGAGCAGCAGGCGCAAGAAUGGGACGUGGUGAACCAGAAAGAAUGGGAAGACAUGGAGAACUUGAUCGCGGAAGACCCCAUUCUUGUUGGUGAGAAACGGCGAGGUAACACCGGUCUCGACGAUGGGCGUAGCUACCUCACGUCGACUACGAGGAACGGAAAGUCUUCACCAUCACAGACGGGACAUGUGUUCCAUAGCGAGCAGACAGCGCGAAAGAAAGGCAUAAGUGGAUAUGUGAAGCUUAAGAGCCGGCCAGAGGAGGAUGCAUACUAA